CAGCUUGAGACUUCCCCCAACGCUGAUCGCUCUCACUCUAACACCCGGAACCCCCAGCUGCAGCCAGGGCUGUGCAGACGCCAGGGGAGAGCAACAGGAUGAACACAAGAUCCGACCCAGUGGUCAUCGUCUCGGCGGCCCGUACCGCCAUAGGCUCCUUCAAUGGUGCCCUGUCCACCGUGCCUGUCCACGAAAUGGGGACAACUGUCAUCAAAGAAGUCCUGCAGAGGGCCAAGGUGGCUCCAGAAGAGGUGUCCGAGGUCAUAUUUGGACAUGUCUUGACGGCAGGUUGUGGGCAGAAUCCUACUCGACAAGCCAGUGUGGGUGCAGGGAUCCCCUAUUCGGUUCCAGCAUGGAGCUGCCAGAUGAUCUGUGGCUCGGGCCUAAAAGCCGUGUGUCUUGCAGCCCAGUCCAUAGCCAUGGGCGACUCCACCAUUGUGGUAGCUGGAGGCAUGGAGAAUAUGAGCAAGGCUCCUCACUUGACUCACCUGAGAACAGGAGUCAGGGUGGGUGAGGUGCCACUGGCUGACAGCAUACUCUGUGAUGGUCUGACAGAUGCCUUUCACAACUACCACAUGGGCAUCACAGCUGAAAACGUAGCCAAAAAAUGGCAAGUGAGCAGAGAGGCCCAGGACAAGGUUGCAGUUCUGUCACAGAACAGGGCAGAGCAUGCUCAGAAAGCUGGCCACUUUGACAAGGAGAUUGUGCCAGUGCUGGUGUCUUCCAGAAAAGGUCUUACUGAAGUGAAAAUCGAUGAAUUUCCCCGUCAUGGGAGUAACCUUGAAGCCAUGGGCAAGCUGAAACCUUACUUUCUUACUGAUGGGACAGGAACUGUCACAACUGCUAAUGCAACAGGAAUGAACGAUGGCGCUGCUGCUGUGGUCCUUAUGAAGAAGACAGAAGCUGAGAGGCGGAUGCUGAAACCUUUAGCAAGAAUAGUCUCCUGGUCCCAAGCCGGUGUGGAGCCUUCUGUUAUGGGAGUAGGACCAAUUCCAGCCAUAAAGCAAGCUGUUGCAAAGGCAGGCUGGUCCUUGGAGGAUGUUGACCUGUUUGAAAUCAAUGAAGCCUAUGCAGCUCUCUCUGUUGCAAUAGCUAAAGAACUUGGACUAAACCCCGAGAAGGUCAACAUCAAUGGAGGAGCCAUUGCCUUGGGCCAUCCUCUGGGAGCAUCUGGCUGCAGGAUUCUAGUGACCUUGCUGCACACCCUGGAGAGAGUGGGCGGGACCCGUGGUGUUGCAGCCCUGUGCAUUGGGGGUGGGAUGGGAGUCGCAAUGUGUGUUCAGAGAGGGUGAACUGCAUGACAGCCACCACCUUGGACAGUUCUUGUUAAAUCAGUGCAACACUAAGCAGAAAGGGAAACCAGAGGACCAAACUGAGGACAGGAACCCAGGUGGUCAGCUUGCUGUACUUUAAUGUGAGACACCCAAGGCUACGGCAUUGCACCUGACACUGUUAUAAAUAAGAGGGAAAUCCAAUCAGUCAUCAAGGGCUCCAGAGUGAACAGCAUUUUCAUAACUUCCGUGUUUAUCGUCUUUGCUUUCUGGGUGUAAUUUUAUCAGAUCAUCAAUCCGAAGGAUGGUGAUUGCAGCCUCUGUUGCGAACUUCAGGCUCUUCACUUUAACUAUGGUUGGUUCAAACACCCCUGCUUGCUUGUUGUCUCGUGGUUUCCCAUGGACCAAAUCAAGACCAAUCCUAUAAAGGUGAAAACUGGAGUCAGUGACCUAAUUAAUGUGGUGAGGUAUUCCAGCUAUUCUAGUCCAAAAGACUGUGGGAGUUACAACAAGCUUGCCUCUGGGAGAAGAAUAGCUGACAGUGUAGCAGGGAAACCUCAUCUAUCGAACACUUAGCAAAUAGUGACAUGUUGCAUACUGUUCUGGUUGGUGUAAAUAUGCUUUAUGAAUCUUUAUAAACACCAGGGUGUCUACGGAUACAAUAUUCUGAAACUGUAUUCACUGUAAGCUGAGAGCUGCCUAAAAUGAGAAAGCCCUACCCCAAUAUCAUCCUCUCGGCCCUUUCUAUAGACUACCCAAGGAGUCAGAAUGGGACCAAGUGUUGCGACACCUAGGGCAGAGCACUAAAACUUAUCAGCCACCAUUAUGUAAAGAUGUUAUCUCGAAAA